UAUAGCUUUCUCGUUGAGCGCAUGUGUAUAUCGUGAAAAUCGUUUAAUAACUAUGAGAUCGCUCAUAAAAUUGUUUAUAUAACUACCUAUUUAUCUGUGCUGUAUUGAUAAUGUUGUAAAGUGUGACUGAGGAUAGUUACCCGGCUCAGAGUUAGUGCUAACUACCUCGAAGUUUCAACUACAAGUAGUGUGCCUCCGAACGUGCAAGGAGCGCGGACUUAUUUUCCGCCGCGGAAAACAAACGCAAUUAUCUCAAAGUGAUAACAGCUUGCUAUCAGUGCGUGAUAACUAACCAGUGAUAUAAGAUAAAACCAAUUGGUCGACGCCUGUUCUGUGUAACCAUUAUGUAAAAUUAAAGUGGUAAAAUGACGACCAUGGCUUCCAGAAAGACUAUAUCUAUCCACGAUUAUCCGGAGCACCUGAAUCCAUUCCGAGAAGACGAUAACCACAAUAAAAUAAGGUUCUGGACAAUAGGACGAAAGAGAUCUAAUAGCAUUAAUUUCACGGGGAUUAAGGAGUUGAAAAAUUCUUGGGCCCUGCGAUCCUUUAUGAAAAAAGGGAAAAAGAGUGAGCAAACACCCAUUCCCAUAUCUACACCAAGUAAGCCUACUAACCAACUAAAUGGAGAUAGCAGUCCUAUCGUCUUCAGAAGAGCUAUGCAGUACUCUUCAAUGUCCAGAAGUACAAUUUCUUCACCGGGAACUGACCGCUAUGUGUAUGGCGGUUCCAUAACGCCAUUGCCACGUUCACGGUUUCAAGAACGUCUACGAUGUUCACAGCAAGAUGUUAACAUUUCUCCUAGUGCUACGCCACGAAUGGCUCGCAGUGAGAUAAUGGGUUCCAGAUUGAGUGUAGUAAGCACCAACCCCUUCGAGGAAGCGCCGAUACCCCCCGUUCGCGCUUCUCGAAGAAAGAAGAACCGCGCUCCGCCACCGCCGCCAGCUACCGAGGUUGCUGCAGACGAUUCGAUUAACUCGUCGGUUGAUUCAGAACUGCGCAUUACUGAAACUGAAAAUAAGAAAACAGAUGGUGUUGUUGAUGAUUUAGAUGAGUUAAACCUUAAAAUUGAGCUUAAAAUAGUUGAGGAUGAAGAUCAAUCUCACACAGAAAGCAAAGUUAGUCCGAAAGUUGCUUAUACAGAAGAAAGUGAACCCUCUCAACAGACGAGUCUUAACAACAAUGAUAUAACGGAGACAGAGGAGAAAGAUGAAAAAUCAUCAGAGAAUUUAAACAUAGUGAAUAAUUCUGAUUCCGAAGAUGACAUUCUUAAGAAAGUUUCGUUUCCAAAAGUUAAUAUUAAUAGGUAUAGAAGAAACUCUAGCGUUAAUGAAGAUGAUAUAAGAUUGCGAAGAGGUAACUUGGAAGAUUACAAUCUUUCGAAUAAACGGAGCAAGAGCUUAACAAAUACAAUCGAUGGAAGUUAUGCCAUAUACGAUAUCAAUUUAAAUGAUAACAAUGUUGACGAAAACAGUAACCAAGAACCACAGAAAGUUAUUUGUAAAGUUUAUGAAGAUCGCAAGCAAAGUAUCGAUAAUUCCGUAUCGAGCACCGAAAAGGAAUUUAUAGAAAUAGACAAAGCUACUAGAGAACUGGAGAGGGAAAUCAGUAAAUUAAAUUCAGCGUUAAACGACGAUGACUUAUCGAUCAACGAUGGACGUCUAUCCGUUUCUGAUAUAAAACGUAAAUUCGAUCGCAGUGACAUGUCAUCACCGAACCCGAUACCAAAGCCUAGAAGAAGUCACUACGGUGGAUCUAGUUCACCGAUUAAUAAUGCAGAAACAUAAACAGAAUUGUAGUAAAUUAACACUUUUAUGGAAAUAAUAUUUAAAAAAACUUAAUUUUUGUUACAUGAGUAAUGUUUAGAUCUCAGUUUUGUUUUUUGACAAAAAAUUAUGUAAAUUUAAUUAAAUAACAAUUACUAAGCCAAUCUGUUUUCGACGAUAAACUAAUGCGUUUUAAAUUGAACUGAUAAUUUAUAUCUAUUUAUUGACGAUAAUAGUAAUAACCUUAUUAAGAAAAGUUUUACAAUUUAAAACAAGAGGUUUUUAAUAACGUACUCGUAUCUAUUAAAAUUUUACUCCUUUGGAAGUUUGUUAAUGUAUUAUAAAAUACGUCUGUUUACGUCU